AUUAUAGAUAUGAGUCGAGCAGUAUGUAAUGAACUAAUUUGUACUAAUAUAUUACAUUUUUUUAAUUAUAUUUUGAAUAAAUACACCUUAAUUCUUAUUCUUUUGCUCGGCCACGGCUGUAUAAGCCCGCAAGGUAGAUCACCAGUCGAGUUUUACUCCCUAACUGAAGAAGAAGACGAAAGAAGUCCCAAAUGCCGAGGGAAAUUAUAACGCUGCAAGUAGGACAAUGCGGGAAUCAGAUUGGAAUGGAAUUCUGGAAGCAGCUCUGCCUCGAGCACGGCAUCAGCAAGGAUGGCAUCCUCGAAGACUUCGCCACUCAGGGAGGUGAUAGAAAAGAUGUAUUUUUCUAUCAGGCUGAUGAUCAACACUAUAUACCACGGGCUUUAUUGAUGGAUUUGGAGCCUAGGGUAAUUAAUGGUAUACAGAAUGGUGAAUACAGAAACCUUUACAAUCAUGAAAAUGUGUUUGUUUCUGAUCAUGGGGGAGGAGCCGGGAAUAAUUGGGGAAGUGGAUAUCAUCAGGGAAAAACAUAUGAGGAAGACUUAAUGGACAUGAUUGAUAGGGAGGCUGAUGGAAGUGAUAGUCUUGAGGGUUUUGUUCUCUGCCACUCAAUUGCUGGUGGAACUGGCUCAGGUAUGGGCUCAUAUUUGUUAGAGACUCUUAAUGACCGGUAUAGCAAAAAACUUGUUCAGACAUACAGCGUAUUCCCCAACCAAAACGAGACAAGUGAUGUGGUUGUUCAGCCAUACAACUCCCUUCUCACACUCAAGAGGCUAACACUUAACGCCGAUUGUGUUGUUGUUCUUGAUAACACGGCGCUCAAUAAAAUAGCUGUGGAGCGCCUUCAUAUAACAACUCCCACUUUUGCUCAGACAAAUUCUUUGGUUUCUACUGUCAUGUCAGCAAGCACAACAACAUUGCGGUAUCCAGGAUAUAUGAAUAAUGACUUGGUUGGCCUCCUCGCUUCUCUUAUACCAACACCAAGGUGCCAUUUUCUGAUGACGGGAUAUACACCACUCACUGUGGAGCGUCAAGCCAAUGUAAUACGCAAGACAACAGUCCUGGAUGUGAUGAGAAGACUUCUUCAGACUAAGAAUAUAAUGGUUUCCUCUGAUGCUCGGACAAAAGCAGCAAGUCAGGCAAAGUAUAUAUCAAUAUUAAACAUUAUUCAAGGAGAAGUAGAUCCUACACAGGUCCAUGAAAGCCUGCAGAGAAUACGUGAAAGGAAGCUUGUCAAUUUUAUUGAGUGGGGCCCUGCUAGCAUUCAGGUUGCUCUAUCUAGAAAGUCACCCUAUGUCCAAACUGCUCACAGGGUCAGCGGUCUUAUGCUUGCAAGCCAUACAGGCAUCCGUCACUUAUUUUCAAAGUGCUUGAGCCAAUAUGAGAAGUUGAGGAAGAGAGGAGCCUUUCUUGACAGCUAUAAGAAUCUUGCGAUGUUUACUGACAAUGACCUGUCAGAAUUUGACGACUCUAGAGACGUAAUUGAGAGUCUUGUCGAUGAGUACAAGGCUUGUGAGUCCCCAGAUUACAUCAAGUGGGGAAUCGAGGAUCCAGGUCAGGCUCUAACUGGUGAAGGCAAUGCCAGUGGAGUAGUUGAUGCAAGGUUAGCGACAUGAACAGGAUGUCCUUCCAUGGUGAUGCAUGCCAUGUAAAUUAUUCCUUGUCGUUUUUGGUUCUGUAUAUUUUUUAUUCUCCCUAGAAUUGUUUUUCACCAUCUCACAUUGUAACCUUGUUUGGGGCUCUCUUGAAGACUAAAAGUAGUGAUUGGAAAUCAGUAAUUAGCUAUUGGGAAAUAGCAUAUUGGACUGGCUGAUUAGUUUGAAUAGAAUUUCUUGGUUGUUUUGGAGUGGAUACAAUUAGGAGCUUUGAUGUAAAACCCGUGCUAAAAAACAGUUAUUUUUAAAAAACUUCCUAUAUUAAUUGUUACUAUUGAUAAUUUGUAUGUGUCUGUGUUGUGCCUG